CUUAAAAAAAAAAAAUACUGUCAGUCAUAUACGUAUUUCACGAUUUUUAUUAGUUUUUUUUUUAAAACAUAUCUUCUUCUCCUAUCGGUGGAGUCUUGUCUCUUCUCUCUAUCUUUUUAGUUUCUCCGAUUGAUUUGAAAGCUGAGCUCGAUUGGUCGAGAACGUUAAUUAAUUAACAUGGAGGUUCUAGUUGGUUCCACGUUUAGGGAUCGCAGCAACGACACGGCGCAUGAUCAGGGUGUACAGGCGGGUCUGUCUAGCCGGAUCGGGUUAAGGAGAUGUGAUGAUAGAACCCCGUCGGAGAGUUGGUCUUCGUCGGUUGGAGAAAGCAGCGAAAACGAGGAAGAACAAGACGACGCCGUUUCUUCAUCACGAGGAACAUGGAGAGGAUUGUCAAAUCAUUACAUAGGGAAAUCGAAAUCGUUUGGGAAUUUGAUGGAAGCUGAGAGCAAUGCGAAAGGUUUAGAUAAAGUGGAGAGUCCGUUGAACAAGAGGAGGAGAUUGCUUAUUGCUAAUAAGCUAAGGAGAAGAAGAAGAUCAUCCUCCUUGUCUUCUUCUUUCAGCAUCUACUCCAAUAAAAACCCUAAUUCCAUGCCUUUACUUGCAUUGCAAGAAUCUGAUGAUGACCUAGAGGACAUUCACAAAUACAAUGAUGAUAAUGAUGAUGACAGUACUGAUGAUGAUGAAACUAGUAAGCUGAAAGAGAAGAGGAUGAAGAUCACCAAUACUAAUACUAAUAGAGAUUUUAUGGUUCAUCAUACUAAGAGCUGUUUUAGCUUUAACUAGUUUUCAACAUGAUCAUCCAGCUCGAUGAUCGAUUUUUUUUUCCUUUUGUGAAAGAGUAGUUAGGGGAAGAUUCAUUGACAAAAGUAAGUUGGUGGAAGAUUUGCAAAAGCCCAAAUUACGAUUUUAAUUGUAAUAAAAUUAGUUUUGCUAUUUGUAUAUUUUUUUAUAGUUCUCAACGAAAGUUAUAAACAUUUGGAUCACACUUCUU